ACACGCGACAAUCGUCGAACGGGGAAAAAACGUACGGACUGGUUCAGCUGCUUCCUCUUUCGUUAAUUUGCAAAACUUGCUCCAUCUCUUCUCUCAAGUUGAAGCUGCCGGCCGCUACUUGUAGAUAAAGGCUCGUUAAUCUCUUCACAGUUGAUGGCACUUAAACCGAUUUCUUGGGCCUUGCAAUAGAACUUGGAACAAUUUGGCCACUCCAAAAUCCAAGUUCACCUUCAAGAAAAUGCAUAAAACAGUUCAACUCGUCCGUUCUCUAUAUACUUUCUUUGUUCUUAUAGGAUCUCUGGCAUUACUUACAAGAGUAGGAGGAGAUCCAAGAGCCCAAACAGUGAACAUUACUUGUGGCAACCAAAUGGAGCACAACACAACCAUCUUUGUUCCAAAUUUUGUCGCUACAAUGGAGAAUAUUAGUGAACAGAUGCGUGAUUCAGGUUUUGGAACAGCAGUUACAGGCUCAGGGCCUGAUGCUAACCAUGGCCUUGCUCAGUGUUAUGGGGACCUCUCUUUGCUUGACUGUGUACUGUGCUAUGCUGAGGCACGUACGGUUCUUCCUCAAUGCUAUCCACACAAUGGGGGCCGCAUUUUUCUUGACGGAUGCUUCAUGAGAUCUGAGAACUAUACCUUCUUUGAGGAGUACACGGGACCGGAUGACAGGGCAGUAUGUGGGAAUACAAGCCGGAAGGGGUCAAAUUUUCAGGACUCGGCAAGACAGGCUGUGAACCAUGCAGUUGUUGCUGCACUGGAAAAGGAAGGCUACGCUAAGGCUCAGGUGGCAGUUCCAGGGACAAAUGAGUCAGCUUAUGUUUUGGUUAAUUGCUGGAGGACAUUGAACAAGAGUUCUUGUAAAGCAUGUUUGGAGAAUGCAUCUGCAUCAAUAUUAGGGUGCUUGCCUUGGUCAGAGGGACGCGCACUCAACACUGGCUGCUUUGUGAGGUACUCUGACACGAAUUUCCUCAACAAAGAACCAGGAAAUGGAAUUUCAAAAGGAACCAUUAUAAUUAUAGUAGUUUCUGUUGUCAGUUCUCUGGUUGUUUUAGCGAUUGGAGUAGCUAUUGGAGUUUAUAUCCGGAAGCAUAGAUACAUACAAAAGAAAAGACGAGGUUCAAAUGAUGCAGAGAAGUUGGUGAAACUCCUUCAUGAUAGUAACUUAAAUUUCAAGUACUCCACACUUGAGAGGGCUACAGGAUCUUUCAACGAUGUGAACAAGCUCGGGCAAGGAGGAUUUGGGACAGUUUAUAAGGGAAUUCUACCUGAUGGAAGAGAGAUUGCAGUCAAGAGGCUUUUCUUUAACAAUCGACACAGAGCAGCAGAUUUCUACAAUGAAGUCAACAUAAUAAGCAGCGUGGAGCAUAAAAACCUGGUCAGGUUGUUGGGAUGUAGUUGCGCUGGACCGGAAAGUCUUCUCGUCUAUGAGUUCCUCCCUAACAAGAGCCUUGAUCGUUUCAUUUUUGAUCCCAGCAGAGGUAAAGUGCUUAACUGGGAAAAGAGAUAUGAAGUUAUUAUUGGGACCGUCGAAGGUUUAGUCUAUCUUCACGAGAACUCCAAGAACAAAAUCAUUCACCGAGAUAUAAAAGCUAGCAAUAUCUUGUUGGAUUCAAGGCUCCGUGCCAAAAUUGCCGACUUUGGAUUGGCAAGGUCUUUCCAGGAAGAUCAGAGUCACAUCAGCACUGCCAUUGCUGGAACGCUAGGAUAUAUGGCUCCGGAAUACCUAGCCCAUGGCCAGUUAACAGAGAAGGUGGAUGUCUAUAGUUUUGGAGUGCUUUUACUGGAGAUCGUUACAGGAAAGCAAAACAACAGGAGCAAAGCCGCAGAAUACUCUGACAGUCUAGUUACAAUUGCGUGGAAACACUUUCAAUUAGGGACCGUGGAGGAGAUUUAUGACCCAAACCUAAUGUUACAUAACAACCACCACAGCAGCAAUGUUAAAAAUGAGAUAUUCAGAGUAGUGCAUAUUGGACUUCUUUGCGCCCAAGAGAUUCCAUCACUAAGACCAUCAAUGUCGAAGGUACUACAGAUGCUAACAAAGAAAGAUGAAGACCUCCCUGCACCAACUAAUCCUCCUUUUAUGGAUGAAAAGACUAUGGAAUUCAAUGACACGAGUGAGAACCCAGGCUAUCCCUUCAAUGCAGCUGAUACUGAUUCGAUUGCCACUGUCACCCACAGUUCCUUUUACGCAAGAUGAUCUUUGGAGUCUGGUGGGGAUGAAAAGAGUCAAUCUUAAUAGGGCAGUACUCUCAAUUUUGAUAAGUAAAAAGCUUCAAAACAGUUCUAGAUUAGAAUUUUGCCUGGGUCGAGUAUCUUGUUGCAUGGAUUUGUGAGCAAACAAUAAAGAGCCAAAUGAAUAGUUGUCUUCAGAAUGCAGAAUGAUACUCAUAUACAUAACCCAGCUCUUCCAUAUCAGAUAAGAAUAGCUAAGGGACAUAAUAUUGUAUAAUGUACAAAUAUCGACUUACUAUGAAUUUUUUGUUGAUAUAUAACCCUCAGAUCAUUUCAGCAUUGAUA